ACUCUGAGGCUAGACGGCGAGAUCGGUAGCCCCGAGACCCGCGCCGCGGCAGAGCCUCCACAUGGCCUCCGGAGGGGGUGCGGCCUUCGAGGAGCUGCCGCACGACGGCACGUGUGAUGAGUGCGAGCCGGACGAGGCUCCGGGGGCCGAGGAAGUGUGCCGAGAAUGCGGCUUCUGCUACUGCCGCCACCACGCGGAGGCGCACGGGCAGAAGUUCCCCAGACACCAUCUGGCCGAGUACGUUCACUGCGCUGCCCAGGCCUGGACCCCGGGAGCCCGCGGGGAUGGGGCCGGGGAGGAAGCGGUCGAGGCCCCGGUGGAGAAUGAGAAAGCCCUAGAAAGCGAGGCGGGGGAAGGGAGCGAGUCCGAGGAAGACAGUGAGCCCGAAGAAGAGAGCGAGACAGAGGAAGAGAGCGAGGAAGACAGUGAGGAAGAAAUGGAGGACGAGCAAGAGAGCGAAGCCGAGGAGGACAACCAGGAAGAAGGAGAAUCCGAGGCCGAGGGAGAAACGGAGGCGGAAAGCGAAUUUGACCCCGAAAUAGAAAUGGAAGCAGAGAGAGUGGCCAAGAGGAAGUGUCCGGACCAUGGGCUUGAUUUGAGUACCUAUUGCCAGGAAGACAAGCAGCUCAUCUGUGUGCUCUGCCCAGUCAUUGGGGCUCACCAUGGCCACCAUCUCUCCACCCUCGAUGAAGCCUUCGAGGAACUAAGAAGCAAAGACUCAGGCGGACUGAAGGCGGCCAUGAUAGAGUUGGUGGAAAGGUUAAAGUUCAAGAGCUCAGACCCUAAAGUAACGCGGGACCAGAUGAAGGCGUUUAUACAGCAAGAAUUUAAGAAAGUUCAAAAAGUGAUUGCGGAUGAAGAGCAGAAGGCCCUUCAUUUAGUGGAUAUCCAGGAAGCAAUGGCCACAGCUCAUGUGACUGAGAUACUGGCUGACAUCCAGUCCCAUAUGGAUAGAUUGAUGACUCAGAUGGCCCAAGCCAAGGAACAACUUGAUACCUCUAAUGAAUCAGCUGAGCCAAAGGCAGAGGGCGACGAGGAAGAACCCGGUGGUGCCGAUGAAGACGAGGACACAUGAAGGCCUGUCCCCCCCGGUGGAACACCCCUCCUUCCCCUUGUGCGUAUGUGACGGCGUGUGUGCAACGGCUUCUGACCCCUGUGAAGGCUGCCCGGCAAGCAACGUGCUUCCGCCAGAUGCCUCCCCAGACCCGCAGCAGGCACAGAGCUCUCCAGGGAAUGACCAGCUUUACUGUUACUGACCGUGCUUCUCAUUCUCUUGUGGCAGGAAAAGGAAAAGUGCCCCCGUGCUCCACCAGGAGCAAUUACAGGGUCCUCGGUCAUUCCCUCAACAGCUGCUUUGAACUUCCUCAGGAAAGCCAGUCCCUGUAAUGGUGUAUACCCAAACAGUACCACUUCAUUAAGAAGGAGCUGAAAUCAUCUUGAAGGGCAGUCAGGAUUUGUUUCCCUCCCUGCUAAUAACCCCCCACUUUAUUCAUAUCGAAGCAUGGAAUAAAUGAGGGGGAAAGUAGGGCUGAAUCAACCCAUGUAAUUAGUCUCUACAAGUCCAAUUAUACAUCUGUGAAAAUGUGGUUUCAUGAAUUAAGAUGGAUGGCUUGAA